UUAAGUAGUAACACUAGAAAUGCUGUCAUGUUGCAAAAUUCAAUUUAGUUUAGGCGCUGUGUGAGUAAGAUUCCAUAAGAACAAAAUUUUAUGAAAAUUUUUCAAGUUUGUAACACUAGAAAUGCUGCCAUCCUACAGAAUUUAACAUGUCUGGCCCUUCUCUUUUUAACAUUUUCUUCUCCACUUGCCUACAUAUAGGACUAGCUACCCCAUCUCUCGAUAAGCCAACCCAACGCUAUACAAAGUUUCUCCAGUUUCAAACACUCCUUUCUUCCAUUCAUUCUUCUUCUGAUCUGCUACUUUCAGCCCUUGUUUAGUUUCUUUCAGUUUGGUAGAGAUAAAACAUCUUAUAAGGGGACCUCAAGGCUUUGCUUUCUUCAAGUACUUGAAUACAAAAAUUCCAAAUUCUUCUGUCUCAACUUCUACCUUCUUUGUUGGGUCCUUUUCCUUUCCUUUUGUAGCUUUGUGCCUCCUGUAUCCUGUUUUCCUGCUUCCAGAUACAUUUCUUGUUACUUCUUGGUGUCAUUUUCUCUUAUUCUUUGUGUUUUUGUGCGAAAGAAUAUAUAUAUUAAUAGCUAUGGCUAAUUUAACUUUCAGUACUAGCAUUGCACAAACAUUGCCUUUGGAAAAUAGCAGUACUAUUAAUAACAAUCUACGCGAUGUUUCCUUCUCUUCCUACUUGAACAACGGCGAGGUACGUAAACUUGCUGGUCAACAAGAUCAAGAACAGCAUCGUUUCUUGGGAAGAAAGAAAGUAGAAGAUGGAGAAAUUGGAGUAUUUAGUGCUGAAAAGUAUUUCAACGGAGGAAUUGAAGAAGAUAGUACUCCAAGACUUACCAAUAUUAUUCCAAGGAAGUACAAUCAGCCAAAGAAAGAUCAUGAACAGGACGAUUUAAUCUCUAGAAAACCAAUAGUUCUUCCAGCUGGAUCUCCAAGUAUUAUUUCUGAUUCAAGUUGGAACAGCCAGACCGCUUUGCUGCAGAACGUUCAAAGAAAGACUGUUCUGCAAAGAAAAACAAGUAAUAAAGCAAAUGGAAGAAGUAGUGGAAUGAAUUUUCUCGCUGGUCUUGGUUGCAAAUGUUCUUGUUCUGAUAAAGAUUCUAUUGAUGUUGAUGAUGCCCAUGUCGGCGAAAUCAGUUUCAAAAGAAGUCCUAAUGCUUCAGGUAUGCUUCAAAACAAAGCAAUUACGGAAGAACUCACCAAGACCAAUCUUGAUCCUAAUACACCACGCUCAGGAUCUUUACUAUCCGAGGAGAGUUGCUGUCAGGGUUUGGAUAAGUUGGGAAUUGGCAUGAACAGAGAGAAGUGUUUUAGUUUCCCAAUGUCAGAUCAUGUAGCAGGAAAUCUUCCUAAUAAAUUGAGACUUCGAGAGGAAGAACUAAAUCCGCGAAAAUCACUGGAGGUGUUUGGCUCCCCAGUACAUGACAAGAAAAGCAAGUCUUUUAGAAUUGAGAGGAGGCUGUCAAUGUUGUCCUGGGAUACAACUCCAAAAAUGGAAGAGAUUGCCUACUCCGCUACAUCAUCAGGUGUAGUUUACAACGAUAAUGAGAGCGAUGCAAGUUCAGACUUAUUUGAGAUUGAGAGCCUGACAGGAAAAGUUACUCCAUUUCUGGCAAGGCAAGGAUCAGAUGAAACUUCUGGCUGUAUCACCCCAACAACUUGCUAUGCACCAAGCGAGGCUAGCAUAGAGUGGAGUGUAGUCACUGCUAGUGCUGCAGAUUUCUCUGUAAUGUCUGAUUAUGAAGAGAUGAGGCCAUCCACAACAGCACCAAGUCCAAUAAAGAUAUUUCCUAUAACAGCAAAGUCUAAAACUAGUGGAACUGGCAAAGAGACACCAAGACGUCGCCCCAACAUUUUGCUGGGAUGCAACAGUCACAAGGCUGUAAAAAUUGCAGGAGAUAUAUACAGAACAAGCGAUGACAAGGCAAAUUUUGAUCCAAGAUUGCGUCGCGUGUCGGAUUUGUACGUGCCAGUCCCAAAAUUUCCAGUUGAAAAUAAGCUGAUGGGGUUCGGUUCAAGACAAAAUCAACGUGCACUCAGUAGCACCAGCCGUUCACUCCCUCGGUUGCACCCACCUCAAAGUUCUCAUCUUUUGUACAUUCAAUAAGUCAAAAUCUCUUAGCUGAAAGUUAUUCCUAAUUAUAUGUCCAUUCCCUUCCGUGAUCAACAUUAGAAACUAGGUGACUAGUAUAUUAAUGUUUUCUAAAGAUGCUCUUGGUUUCUUGCUGCUUGUGGAAAUUUUAUUUGAUUAAAAGCAUCUGGAUGUGUUGAAUCUAGCUACUUCUUACAAGGUUACAAGGCAAUGUAAGUUAUAUAUGCCCUUGAUUUGCAGUUCUAAUUUGAUUCCUUAUUUCCAAUGUAAGCCUGUAAGUUAAGGAAGAAUGCAUGUGUUUCAAAAUC